UUUGUUCUUAUGUUUAUAUGUCCACUCGGUACACAUAUGCGUGAUGUUUUAUCCGAAGAGAAAUAUCACAUGUUUUGCGACAUCCGGCAGCUGACGAUGGAGAAUCGAGACGAGCCUGAGCCCCCCCGCAUUAAAGAGGAAGAGGAGGACGUGUGGACCGGUCAGGACGGGGAGCGGGAGGAGGCUGAUGUCACCGAUUUUCCGUUGACUAUUGUGCUUGUGAAGAGUGAGGAUGACGACAAAGCUUUGUCCUCGCAGCUUCAUCGCAGUCCGAGUGAGGAGAACAGCAGAGGUUUGGAAGGUGGAGAAGAUGGAGAACAUUGUGGAGGAUCGCAACCAGACAGCUUUGCUCCUUUAUCAGAUAUGGACGGCAUGAUGUCACACUCGUCUGAUGACAUCACGGAUCACAGCGACGACGGCAAAGAACUUUCGCAGGCGAACGGCGAGUCUAAAAAACACUUCAGAUGCUCCGAAUGCAAGAAAACGUUCGGCGACCGGGGGAUUUUGAACCGGCACAUGAAACGCCACACGGGAGAGAAACCCUUCGCUUGCUCUGUGUGCGCCAAGACGUUCAGCCGGCGGGACUGUCUGCUCUCGCACAUGCGGUGCCACGCCGAGGAGAAACCCUUCAACUGCUCGGUUUGCGCUCAAACUUUCCGCCACCGGCAGAACUUGCUCUCUCACCUGAGAUGUCACAUCGGCGAGAAACCCUUCGGCUGCUCAGUGUGCGGCGGGGCGUUCUCCACAAAGGCGCACUUGAAGAGGCACGCGAGGACGCACACUGGAGAGAAACGCUUCAUUUGCUCCGUGUGUGAUAAACGGUUCACCACGAAAGGGAACGUGUUGUUACACAUGCGAACCCACACGGGCGAGAAGCCUUUCUCCUGCCCCGUUUGCGGCGGAACGUUCUCCACGAAGACGCACUUGACCCGGCACGCCCGGACGCAUACCGGAGAGAAGCCUUUCGCAUGUUCGGUGUGCGACCAGAGAUUUUCCCUGAAGGAAAACAUGUUGACGCACUUGAAAAAACACAGCAGGGCGCCUCCCUUCUCCUGCGCCGCCUGCUCGGCCACCUUCUCCAGCAGGAAAGAAGUGAUUGCGCACAAGAGCUCGCACGCCGGAGAGAAACAUUUCGCCUGCUCGGUGUGCACCAAAAGGUUCUCAAGCAAGGGAAACAUGGUGACGCACAUGAGGGGGCACACGGGCGAGAAACCCUUCACCUGCUCGUUCUGCGACAAGGGAUUCACAAUCAAGGGGGACAUGAUGAGACACAGAAGGACGCACACGGGCGAGAAACCGUUCAGUUGCGACGCGUGCGACAAAAGAUUCACUCGGAAGUGCCAUGUGAACAAACACAAGUGUCUGGUGAACACAACGAUACUAAAUGACUAAAACAGGGUACACUCAUACUGAUUUUUAACCCAUUUUUCAAACGGCAGCGACCCGAUACAUAUUGGAGAAGGAAAUCAGUAUUUGGACUAAAUUUUAGCCUUUUUCUUCACUUAUGAUUAAAGUCAACAAAGGCCUUGAUUGUCGAAUGUCACGAAAACAUUAAAAGUGAGGGUACACAUAUACUGUAAUGAUAAUAAAGCCAAAUUUGAGCAUAUUCUCUCCUUCGAUAAGAGUUAGUAAAGGCCCCAUUGUCCGAUGUCUAAUAAAUUGAUUAUGAUAUGGUGUGGUGUUUGAAAAGUGAUUAUUCUCCUCCCUUUUCGGCUUUAAAAUAAAUAAAUAAAUAAACAUUAGAGCAGGCAGUCGUAAAUGUUAAAUCUGUUCAAUAUUUCCGAUGGCAAAUACCUGGGCAUGAUAAACAAAUCGGUGAAGAUGUUAAAAAUCGACGUGUGUGACCGAAGUGUAAGAUAGCCCUCGCGUGAUGUACGAUAUCAAACGCAACGAUAUCCCCACCGAUAAUCGUGAGUUUCCUCCUCCAAACCAGAUGUCUGUUGUAGUACCAAGACUGACCUGUGAGGGUCAGUGUGGUGCCACAGGCAUAUCCAAAGACAUCUGACAAUCGGGCCUUUGCCGACAUUGAUCGCAAGGGAAGACAAAUACUCACAUUUAACCCGAUUGUUGGUACGUGUGUGCCACGCUUAACUUUGACUUUAGUUGUAAUGUGCAGUUACAGUUGUAAUGUGUUUAUUACAUUCAAAGAUCAAACGUGUUUUUUCCCAAAAGGCACACCGUAGUUUUUCAGGGAUUAUAGGAAUUCUUAAAUCAAACCGCCAAAAGUACAUAUUAAUGUCAUUAUUAUAUUAAUACGUGAUUUAUUUUAAUGUGAGAAAAAUGAUUAUUGGGUGGGAAUUCUGAUAUUGUGAGUUUUUAUCUGCAUGUGUAAAAAUAAAAGUCUCCGUAAGAUGGCGUCAAUGUGACGUCUCUGGGUGUUUACCGUCGUAAAAUGGCGGCCGAAGAAGAAACAU